CAAACAACCAUUAAUAAUAAAAAAACGUUUAUGUAUUUUUUAGACAUAUCUAAAAAUAACGUAUGAAUUGUAAAUGUUUUUUUAUACGAUUAUAACAACUGCAGGAGUUUUUGUUGGUAAACAGGCUAAUUGAUUUUAGGUUCAUAUUAAAUACCGACGGAAGAGGUUGGAUGAAAUCAAAUCCGGUAACUUUUAAAUUACCUACCGCAAUCAACUAUAAUACAAGCUGUGAGAUAACCACCCCUACUGAAUGUGAUUCGUUCGUUCUAGAAAACGGCCGAGUUCCGUUACCAAUAUUAGACGACAAUGAUGCCCCGGGCUCUAUUCUAGUAAUGUUUGUAGAGGCUCAAGUGUACAGUAUGUCAUGGUCAGGCGAUCAACUUUUGUCUCGAUAUUAUGUUCAAGCCAUGAGGUGCAUGUCGAAUUCUGUAGAAUUCCAAAAUAAUUUCGAAAAUUGGUUAAACGAGGUUGUAAAGCCUUUGUUGGAAAAGAAACAAUGGUAUCCUGUGUUUGGCGGAGUAUUACGAGUAAUAGAAUCACUAAAAUUAACAAACGCGGGAAGAAGAUCAAAAAGAGUAGCGCCUGAGAUUUCAAAAUUAGCAUGGCUCGAUUAUAAUCGAUACUACGCUUUAGAACGGCCACCAAUUCCAGAACCUCCUAAUUUUACAGAAGGACCAGCUUGUGAAACUGAUACGAUAUUAAUAGCUAAUAGUAACGUUUUUCUAUUGGUAAUUUUAGUAUCUCUAAUGAUGGCUUGGAUUAGUUUUGGUUAUUUAAAAGUUCAUGGAUACACUAGAUGGUUAUUAAAAAGCUUGAAGAUGUAAGUAAUUAGUGUAAGAAAAACAAUUUUUCAAUCGUAUUUUAUAUCUGAUGAAAAAUAUCAAUAGUUUAUUUGCGAUGGAGUUUAUACGACCGUUAUAUCAAAGAAUAUUCCACGGUGAAAUUAAUUUUUUUUUUGUUAAAAUAGGUUUAAAAAAUAUUUUCUUUAGUAUAUUCCAAAAAAAAAAAUUUUAAGUUUGCUGUAUACAUAAUAUCCAGUACAAACAAAUUAUAACAAGAUUUAAAAAAUACUACUUAGUAUUUAAAUCCAUAUAAAGAAAUUUUAGAAUAAAUAUUGUUAUUACACUCUCCUGAUUAUAGUUCUGUGUAUAAUGUACACAGCACGUUAUAAUACAAAUGUAUUAUAAUUUGAAUGUUACUAAAAACCUCAUUUAACAGUUUACUAACCGUUAACAUUUAAAACUCUUUCAGUCACACUGUUUUUCGUCGUUAAGAAAACUGUCACAGUUCACAAAAACAAUAUUUUUUAAAUGUUGACAUUAAUUCUUAUUGGAAAUAUGUUCUAUGACUUUUUAAGUUUUGUGGGAAUUAUUUGGCUUCGUCCUGAUUUGAUAACUAGCAAAAAAAAGUUGUCAUUAGUAUUUAUUUGAGUAUAUCAGCAUUUCGAAGCUUCAAAUUUUGCAAAUGUGUGCUAUAUCAUUCAACUAAAUUUUGAA